GAAACACACACACCAGUUCUACCUCCUUGUCUCACUCUCCCAUAACCGAUCGAUCUUACAACACAAGCCCAUGGAGGACCAAAUCCACGGCCACACUAAAAGAAUAAACCCCAAUUCCCCCACGUGCUUAAAACUCUUCGGCUUCAGCGUCCACGACGUCGACGACGAAGCCGAAGCAGUAGCACUCGAAGACGCGUCCGACUCGGCUGUCAAAGCUGCAUCACCGGAUUCCGGCGGAGGAGACGGCGGCUCCGCCGGAUUUCCCCCUUCCUCCGGCGACCGGAAAUACGAGUGCCAGUACUGCUGCCGAGAGUUCGCGAACUCGCAAGCGCUCGGUGGACACCAAAACGCGCACAAGAAGGAGAGGCAACAACUCAAACGAGCGCAAUUACAAGCCACUCGAAACGCCGCCGUUUCGUUCGUUCGGAACCCGAUCAUCUCUGCCUUCGCCCCGCCGCCGCACCUGCUGGCCUCGCCGGGGCCCGUGGUGGUUCCGGCGGCGGCGCCGUCGUGGGUCUACAUGCCGCCACGUGCGGCGCCUCCUCCCUUCCACGUGUCGGUUUCACACGGUUGCGUGUUCCCUUCGGCGAACAAUAGCAACGGCAGCAGCAUCAGUACCUGUAACGGGGUUAGUAAUAACUAUAGCAUUUUAACGGGUACGAGAUCCGCAGGUGCAGGGGUUUUGCCGUACGCUGGCGGAGCAGGGGAUUCAUCGUCCGCAUUGUCAACGAUGGGCUCGCAAGUACAGGCUCGGGCCCACUAUGGGAGGGUUGAUGGGCCAUCUCUGAGUAGGUUAUCUAAAGGAGAUGUGGGGCCCAAUUUUGAUGAUGGUUUCGGCUUGGACUUGCACCUUAGCCUUGCUCCGCCGUGACGGCACGGCUCGGCUUUGAUCGGCUCCGUUUGGAAAUGAGUGUAAAUGAAUGAUGAUGUAGCCAUUUCAAGAUGAAGCUUUAAGCGCCGCAUACAGGGCAUGUGUGGCUGCUGCCUACCCUUCACAUCUUGUACAUUUUUCUACAUUUAUUUGUUUAUUAUUAUUAUUUUUCCCCUCUCAAGCAACUGAUUUCUCUUGGCAU